AUGCCGUACGUUGACCCCGCCAAUUACCCCACGGCUAUUCCAGAGGGUGGCUGGCAUGCGGACGUCGACGAUGCUGAUGACUUCUGUCUUCCACCCGGCCUUGACACGGACCUCUUCCUCUACCGUGCCGAACGUGUGGACGGCUCGCUCUUCUGGGUCGUGAAGGAGAAUGCGCGCACGGCUGUGCGCUCACCCACUACUGAGCAGCUGGCCGCAGCUAUCAGCUUCUCCAAGGAUCCCCUUAUCCGCGCCCUCCGGGCCGAGAUUGGCACUCUCCACGCUCAGCUGCCUCAGCCGCAGGGCCCACAAGGCCCCGCUCAGGCCGCCGCCAUCCAUCCUCAGCAAGUUCGCCUGCCGUUGCCGCAUAGCUUCAGCGGAGUGCCCACCAAGGAGGGGGUGUACGACCCAGAGCUGCGCGACUUCACCGUCACCAUUAGCCAUUACGUGUACACCCAGAGUCAGGAACUAGGCGUGACCUUCAACGAAGACAGGAAGAUUCGCGUCUUCUCAAGCUUCCUUGAACAAUCCGCGGCCCGCUGGUAUCAUCAGCUGCUUCAGGAACGGGACAUCACCUUGCGCAGCGGCCAACCCUACACCGGCCCGCUCAAUGACACCGAUGCACUGGUCGCGGCUUUCCUACGCAAAUAUGAAGACGUCAACAUCCGCGCUACGGCAAAGCACAAGAUCCGCACUCUCCAGCAGGAUGGUACGGCAGAGGUGCACGUGCGCUUCUUUAAGGAGUACGCACUACUCAGCGGCUAUGGCGAGGAAGCGCUCAUCGACUGGUUCAAGUCGAGCCUCAAGGUCGCCCUAAAGGACAAGGUCAAUGGACAGGGCAAGCAGUGCCCAACCACGCUGGAGGGCUGGUAUGAGGACACCAUCCUCUUUGACCGGCAGUAUUGUGAGGAUCAGCUGGAUCAUGCAUUGGCACGCAAGUCUUCGCAGCCGGCCACCGGUAAUACGUCCUCGCGCAACUAG